AAAUAAAAUGUAGGAUGUGAAUUGUAAAGAAUUGUACAAGAUGACUGCCGACAUUCCUACACAGCUCAUUUCAACUGAAGGGUGGAUUAAGGAGCACGGGUUGAAACCCAGGAAGCUGACACGUGACCACAUUUUAAAGAAGAUAGGAUUUAAAGCAGCUGCAGGGUAUGUGGGAUCACUAAAGAAGAAUGUAAAGUCACGUUACAGCCUCGACAUGUACAACAUUGUUAAAGAUGGAAAUGGAAACAGUGUCUUUCUAACAGGCCGACUGGAGGAUCUGCAGAAAGAAGAGGCAAAGCUGCGGUCCCUGAUCUCAGAUAUACAGGAGAGAGUAGAGUGGCUGAUGAGUGGGAGCAGGGAGAAGUUUGGGGUGGUCACUGAGCGGAGGGUGGUGCUGGUCAUGGCCAGCUAUCAUAUUAGUAAUGUUACUUUUGGCAGCUUUUGUAGUGCUGUUGCGGGAUUGGUCAGGGAGCAGAUUAUUGAGAUUGACUCUUAUAACGUUAUCAGAGCCAGCGAUACUAUAUCAGAAUGUUGGAAUGAGUUAAGAGACAUCACUCGAGACAAUCUGAGACAAAGUCUGGCUUUUGUCCUGUCUCAACAACCAACAAUUCUUUUUAAUAAAGACACGCUUUGUGAGGCUGUUAAAUCUGCGAUAAAUGCAGCAGACGUGGACGGUGUUUAUCUGUUGGUACAGGGAUCUCCUGACCAAAAUACCCACGAACAUCUCACUAGACUGGUGAAGGACAGCACUGUUCCAGUAAAUACUUGUUUAUAUGGACCAGCUGAUGCUGUGUUCACAAACCUGCUCACCGAGGUUGCUGCUAAUUCUGGGGGAAGAUGGCACAGAUACACUGAGUUGGAAACACAAAGUAAAGGCGCGGCAAAGUUAAGAGAUGAACUGAACAAAGCAAGAGAUGUUCUAGCCGAAGUUUCUGCUCUAAGACUUGAAAUACAACUUAAAAACGAGCCGAAACUGCCACAACUUCCGCCCAAAUCACCCGAGAAAUCAGAAAAAGAUAUGACAUCGGCCGAGUGGUUGAACCAACACGGAUUAAAGUGUGCCAAUGCCAGGUUUUACGAUGCCCUGACAGCCCAAGCGUUUAGACAUUGUGAUAAAGUAAUGAAGAUAGGGGACUCAGAUAAAUUAGUUAACGCCAAAUACUGCCAGAAGUUUGCACACGUCAAGUGGUGGGAUGGUUCUAUAAAGCAUGUGAUUAUCAACCAAAACUUUUUUGAGAAGUACAAAACAAAGAUCGAGAAUAUUGUAUCAACGAUCGACAGAAGAAUAAACUGGGUGGAGCAAAGCAGUAAGACUUUGUUUGGAACCCUACUGGAAGACAACGUGUGUAUUCUCCUGGACACUAGCCACAGUAUGGAGCCGCAUCUUCCACAGCUCAAGAAACGUUUAGAAAAGUUGAUAACAGAACAACUUAGACACAAGGAGAAGUUUACUUUGGCUUCAUUCGGUAGUGAGAUCAGACACUUCAGUGAAUCUCUUGUCAAGGUAUCACCAGAGAACCUGCAGGCGGCCUGGAAGUGGUGCAGUACUCUGCAGUGCACUGGUUCCACCAACACUCUGGAUGCUCUCAAGUUCGGGCUCAGUGUUACAGAUGUUCACGGAGUUUACUUACUUACUGACGGCAGUCCUGACUUGCCGGAGAAUAUGAUCCUGAGUCAGAUCAAGUUGUACAAGGAAGUACCCAUCCACACAAUAUCGUUUAACUGUAACGACAGAGCCGCUAAUGAGUUCUUGUGUACCCUGGCUCAGGAGACCGCUGCUAGGUUCCACGUGGUUCGCAGUGACAGAUCUACUGAUUACAACGGGCCGGACCCCUACGAAUCAAACGACAUCAAACUCCUAAAACUUGAAAUAGAAUCAGCAGAGCUGGACGUCAAGAAGAUGACUGAACUGCGUGCAGAGUGUGAGAUCCUGGAGUGGAAAUGUGUCCGGAAACCGCCCACUAAAUCAGGGAAUAAUCCAGAAAAGUCUAGAAAGCGGAAGAACGUGAAGAAGCCCGCUGACCUGAGUGACACAGAGAGUGUCAUGUCGGGUAAGGGAGUGUUCAGUGCCAGGAAGUGGCUCGCUAAGUACGGACUUGUUGCUCAGAAGCUCACUAUCAUGGACGCGCUGGCUCCGACCGUCAUCACACAACACCCUAAAUACGUGGGGGUCCUCAAGAAGAAAGUUCAUGCUAAGGUGUUUGAUGGGGUUAUGCCCUUCGCGUUUCUGAGCCCUGAAGAUAAAGAUAGAGUUAGUUUUGUUAACCCUGCCGGGGUGGACCUAAUAGCCUACGAAACUAAGGUAAAGGGGGCUGUGGCGCUGUAUGACAACAAGAUUGCAGGGGUGGUCUGGCGGAAACUAAAAGAGGAGGAGAAGAAGAAGUUUCUAGGUCUUGACGAGGGGGAAAUACCGGGAUUCACUGAAAAUGGGGCUCUUUUCAGGAGUAUCCUAGAGAAAGCAGGAUGGCCUGUAUCCCAGAAAACAGUAAAGUUAGUGUCAGAUGAGAUCGAACUAGGAGAGUUGUAUCUUACACAAAGUGCUCAGCUCAGAGAGCACAUGGCCAAGUCUGCUGACAAAGAUAAAUCUGGUGGUACAGCGCCAGGAGAGAGGAGGAAUAGUGCUGGUUCUGUUAAAUCAGAUAGUUACCUGCUGGGUUACAGGGUAGUCGCGCAGAAUAAUGUGGACGGCUUCUACUACCCAGGUACGGUGAUAGGGAACAGAGGUCGAACUAAGUGUGAAGUAGAGUUUGAUGACUUUGACCGGCAGAUCGUGUUCGUCAACAACUUGAUACCUACACAGGGAUCAACGUCCAGACCUAAAGUUAAGGCAGGAGACUACGUACUAGUUCAACUAAUUCUAAACCAUCGAACUGAGGAUUCGAAACAGAAACUUCUAGCUCCAGGUCUGGUGGUGAAAUCUCCAGAACACAACGGGGACCUCUCUUUUAUAAUCCUACUUUUCACUGGAGAACGACUCAUCGCAUCAAGACAUGAUGUCAUCAAGAUCACGAAAAAUCGCUACAAUCAGACAUCUCAAGCAAUCUUCAAGCAAAUAUCACGCCAAAGGUGCAGUCAGCGACUAAGGCUGGUCGCUGAAGGACAAGAAAGGAAUCAAGCAGACGACUCCAUGAGCGUGGCCAGCACUUUAGACGAGAUUCUCAGAUCAAACCUUCUCUUGAACAAACCUUCAAGUGUAACAGAGGACGGGACGAAGUUAGAUGAUAUGCUCAACACUCCGCGUUUGUCCGAGGUAGCGGAGGAAGAACAUGAUGAUACACUAGAGGGGAAAUUGAACGAUCUUAACAUCUCAGAUGAUGAGCCAAACGCCCUUUAUCCCUCACGUGACGUCACACCACGCAAUCGUCACGUCACGCAAUGUGACGUGGGUGUGGAAACCCAGCAAGAGAUGGCAAAGGUGACCCUGGAGUGUGGAUUACAGGUCGGCGGGUACGAUGUUGAUGCUCAAACUCACAUCAGCAACGAUUUCUGGGAGGAUUUAGACAAGAUGAAGUACAGUAGCGAGGAGAUCAUACACCCCUCGGAGAUACUCGUAGAUAAUGAACUUAUCCCAGUGCUGCACCAGAUAAACAUCCCCGUGUUGAAAGUAUCAGCUACAACUCCCAUACAGACUGAUGAUAUCUUGUCAGUUCCUGAUGUUCAUGAUUUGGCUAAAGAUGCUGACACGACACAAUCAGUUGUCAUGGAAGGAGAUGAGCAGCAAUCUGUAAUUAUGGAAGGAAAGGACGAUGAUGACGUCACGGUGGUGACUGUUGAUGCUAGAAUAGUUGACGACGAUGACGACACACUUUCUUCCUCCUCUUCCUCCUCCUCCUCCUCAUCCUUAUCAUCUAAAAAUUCUAAAGGCUUCUUUAGUUCGGAUUCAAACUCUGACAAAGAAGAGAAGCCCAAAAAAAAGAAGACUGGCAGAAAGCAAGCAGCGACCAUCGCUAAGAAUGAAGAUUCUAAAACAGUUUUCUCUAAAGGUCUAGUGGUCCUCGCAAGGUGGGGAGAUGAAGGGUGGUACUUUAGAGGGAAGGUAGUGAAACCUACUGUAGGUGGUUAUCUGGUGGAAGAUAACAGUGGUCACAGAGAGGAUAUAGAUAACAAACACAUUCUCGUAGACGAACAAGACAUAAAAAAGUCGUUAAGUGCUGGGAGUCACGUUGUAGCACUCCAUCCUGACUACUCUUUCUCAUACGCCCCUGCUAGGGUAACAGGCACUGAUGACAACUGGUUCUUUGACCUCAAGUUCUACGAUCAAAGCGAGGCGGAGGUGCCCAGAGAAGAAAUGUAUUUCAUCUCCGCAGAACAGUACCAGGAGGACGCUAAGUUUAUAAGGAAUAUCGAGGAGGCACUUUUAGGAGCGUUUGUUGUGGUAAGAGACAACUCUGAUGGAUUGUACAGAAGAGGAAUGGUAACCAAAUCUUCUGGAAGAAGUUUUGAGAUAUCCCUUAACGGGGAUACCAUUGUUCAGGAUCCCUCUCAAGUGUUCACAGACAACAAGAAGUCUCCAAACCAGUCCCUUCCCCCGGGUUCCCACUGCAUCUGCCCUCUUGAUGACCUCCAGAACUCCUUUGCCCCCGCUAAAGUAUCCUCUGUUAAUAAGGACGGGUCUCUAAAGGUGGUGUUUUAUGAUGACAGUGAGCUGUACUCGGUGGAGAAGGACUAUGUUUAUCCUGUUAGUGGCGAGUUUUAUGUGAACUCGGUUAAUUAUAUAAAGUCUAGAUAGGACAGAGAUGUGUCACUGUUAUGUCUUGAUAACACUGAUGUUAAGAUUUGAUUUUUGUGAGCUAACUAAUUUCUUUUCGAAGCAUUAGCAGCUUGCAGUUUGAACUUUCAUAAGUGAUUCAUACAUAAAAUUAUACAUUAAGAAAGAAGUUAACAUUUAUAAUCGACGUACGAUAUAUUUAGUUGAUAAUUAUCAGAUACUACUCAUGUACAAUUUGUAUAAAUAAUAAUGUAAGUAUACAAAGUAAGAGAAGUGCCUGACCACAUAAAUACAGUUUAAUUUGACAGAUCAGGCCAGACAAUACCAGUUACCUGUUAUAAUUAUAGUAUACAAACUUGUGUACUUAUUAUGUAGGUUAACGUGCGGUGAGUACUUGUAGUUGUCCAGCGCUCGUAACUAAUAGUACUUUGAUGUGUAGUGGUUGAAGAUGUUAAGGUACGAUAUUUUAUAAAUUACGUUUGAGUGAUCAACCGCGGAGACCAUUAUAAUUUGCCAUUCCCUUUGUAAUAACAAAAUUUAAAAUAGCUUUUAUUCUUACCACUUAGACUGCUGCUACUUAAUGAUCGUCUGUGAUUAUCGUUGGGGAUUCUUGUAGCUUUGUAGGGUACGAUUUGACGUAAUCGAAACGUUAGUUGGGCGUUGGCUGUUAUUGCGAUCAUGCUGCAAUGUCAUUUUACGUAAUUUUGUUUCCGAUUAUAUUUUGCUCAUAAGAUUGUUGAUAUGCUUAUAUAUACUUUAUGAUAUAUGCUGUGAUGUGUUAUGGAGAUGACCAUGGUAAAUGGCUGUUGUUUUAUAAUUUAUUCUGUAAAAUUUUGUUAAGCUGUGAAUGCUCUACCAAAUCCAAUCUGCGAUGUCGUAAUUUGUCUUUG